AAAAUCCUAUCUUUGUCCUAAACAACCACCAGAAUUUUAAAACAAAAACAAAGAUGGUAAUCACCGGUGCCGGAGAAUCACUCACCGAAAGUUCCGAAAACUAUGACCGCUUUCAAGAGCUAAAGGUAUUUGACGAUACCAAAGCUGGUGUCAAAGGCCUUGUAGACUCUAAUAUCUCCAAACUCCCAAGAAUUUUUGUCCGACCGCCGGAGGAUGAUAUCUCCGGUGAUACAAUCCAAAGCAAAAAUACCCAGUUCACAAUUCCGGUCAUCGACCUCAGAAACAUCAACGUCAAUGUCCUUCGGCGUGCAGAGGUUGUUGACAGAGUCCGGCGGGCGGCGGAGGAAGUGGGAUUCUUCCAGGUGGUGAAUCAUGGGAUAGGUGAGAGAGUAUUGGAGGAGAUGUUGGAGGCGGCGCGUGGGUUUCAUGAGCUGCCGAGGGAGGAGAAAGCUGAGUACUACAGUAGGUAUCAGCGGACGAGUAAGGUGAAUUAUGGUAGUAACUUUGAUUUGUACAAGUCCAAGUUUGCUAAUUGGAGGGACACUUUGUUUUGUGUGAUGGGUCCUCACCCUCAACCUCUUGACCCUAAAGAAUUGCCUCCGCUCUGCAGGGACAUAACUAUUGAGUAUUCUAAGCAAGUCCAUAAAUUGGGGAUCACUUUGUUUGAAUUGCUAUCAGAAGCACUUGGGCUCAAACCUGACCACCUUAAAGGCCUGGAAUGUGAAAAGGAGCAUGCUCUUCUCAGUCACUACUAUCCAGCAUGCCCUGAGCCCGAACUGACAAUGGACACAACCAGACACUCGGAUCCUGAUUUUCUGACCAUCUUGCUUCAAGAUCAUCUUGGUGGACUCCAAAUUCUUCAUCAAGACCAGUGGAUUGAUGUUCCCCCUUUGCCUGGUGCUCUAGUAGUAAAUAUUGGCGAUCUUCUACAGCUCAUAUCUAAUGACAGAUUUAAAAGCGUAGAGCAUCAGGUGCUGGCAAGCCAUGUUGGACCAAGACUAUCUGUUGCAUGCUUUUUCACUCAUUAUUUUUAUACAUCAACAAUGAUUAAUGGCCCUAUCAAGGAAUUGUUGUCAGAGGAACAUCCACCUAUAUACAGGGAAACCUCAGCGCAGGAUUUCAUAUCUUACUACUAUGGGAAAGGACUUGAUGGCAACUCUGCUCUAACACAUUUCAAGUUGCAAAGGUAACUAGGAAAUUAAUAAGAGAACUGGAUUUGUGCCUCUUAUACGAACCUAUAUGUCAUGAUUAAUUCAUAUUAAAUAAUGACGAUAUUUGCAUAAUCUACUACACAAAUUGUUUGUGUAUGGUAUAAGAUGACCAUGUUUACUGC